AUGGGAUCGACUACCGCUACCGCUACCCCAACUCCAAGGACAAGCCUCGACGCUGGAUCUACCGUGCAAGGAACACACUCUCCAAUGGCCAGCGACUCGAACAAGGAAGCUACCACCGUUUGCAAGGAAAACCUCUCCCCCUCAGAAUCAGAAAAAUCCCGCUCUCCAAAAACCCGGCGCCAGAGCGCCAUGGGCAUAAUCCAACUGCUCUCCCUCUCCGGGUGUCUCUUCAACUUGGGCUGGAACGACGGGACUCCAGGUCCCAUGCUGCCUAGGCUGCAGGAAGUUGGUUUUGCUGUGGUGUCUUUGGUUUUCGUCAUGUCAUGUACUGGCUUUAUCACCGGUGCUGUAGUGAAUGUCUUGAUUACCGAUAGAUUUGGGAUGGGAAAAAUCAUGGCAGCUGGCACGAUUCUCCAAAUCAUCGCAUACAGCGUUCAGACCUCCGCUCCUCCCUUCCCCGCAUUCGUAGCCAUGAACUUUUUGAACGGAAUGGGUCUCGCUCUUCAGGAUGCUCAAGCUAACGGCUACGUCGGCUCGCUAGCUGAGAACCUGGAGACGAAGAUGGGUGUUAUCCACUGCGUCUAUGGCCUAGGUGCAUUCGCAUCAGCCCUAGUGUCGACCCAGUUCUCCCAAAUGGAACGAUGGUCUUUCCACUACCUCGUCUCUCUCGGACUCGCCAUCCUCAACUCCCUCUCCGUUAUGCUCGUCUUCCGCUUCAGGCGACAGGAGGACAAUCUUAAGGCUGCAGGCGAAAUCGUCACAGAGGCUAACGAGGGUGCGACUAGCUUCAAGACUAUCAUGGCGAGCAAGACCGUGCAUGUUCUGGCGUUCUUUUUGUUUGUCUAUGUUGGCCUUGAGAUCGCUAUUGGAGGGUGGAUUACCACGUUUAUUAUUGAGGUUCGGGGAGGUGGGCCUUCGUCCGGGUAUAUUGCCACUGGUUACUUUGGAGCCCUUGCGGUCGGUCGAGUUAUUCUUCUCCCUGUUAACGCUUUGGUAGGUUUAGGGCUCUCCAUUGUCGGCGAACGCUGGGUCGUCUACCUCUACGGUCUCCUCACACUAGGGUACGCCUCUCCAACUCCAUCCACCCACUCUAACAUAACACCCCACCUUACCCUACCCUACCUCCCACACAGCCUAGAAUUCGUAGUCUGGUUCGUCCCCUCGCUAGUCGGCAACGGCAUCGCCGUGGCCUUCAUGGGUCUCUUCAUGGCACCCAUGUACCCCCUGGCGAUGAACCAAGCCUCGCGCGUCCUCCCCUCCUACAUCCUCACCGGUGCGAUUGGGUGGAUUGCGGCGUUUGGUCAGGCUGGGAGUGCGAUUGUGCCGUUUAUGGCUGGUGCGAUUGCGCAGAAGCAUGGGAUUUCGAGCUUGCAUCCUGUGUCCGUUGCGAUGAUUGGAGCCUUGAUGGUGCUGUGGUUUUUGGCGCCGAACCAGGCCCGGUCUUCACUGGCCGGUGGGCUGUAA